UCCAUGAGUAAUCAGACUGUGGACGGAUUAAAUUUUUGACAGUAAAAUUGACGUUUUUUUUGGAAAAUUCACGUGAAAAUGGCCCAAUGUUUCGUUUCCACUUAUCGAAAUCACUACAGGUGGCCCGACCCCCAAUUCACAAAAUCUGCCCAUGAGCCGUACGAUAACUUUGUCAGUGUUAUUCCCCCUGAAGACAUUUGGAUUGGCGCCGAUACCGGCGAGGAUAAAUUGGACGCUGCAGCUUUGGAGAAACGCCUGAGAAAAUGUUAUCUCAAGCGCCUAAUAACAACCUAUCAGUAUGAUUAUUGCAAAGACUUGGUGGCUAAAUUCAUCGGCGAGCCUGCAAACAUCGAAAUCGAGAAUCAGCUCCUGCAAUCGGCUAAAAAUCUCUACGAUCCUGACUCCCGUCCGAAAAUCGCUCCCCCGUUACCGGGAACGAGAAAAGUUUUUGGUUAUAUCCGACCCAGUCGAAACUACACGCCCUUGACGACCUACCAGUUCUUUAUCGGAAAAACGGGCUAUCAAAUGCUCAAAGGCAUGCCACAGGCCGAACUCCAGCAACAAGACGAGAAAGGGGAAGAUUUGGUGAAAAAACCGGAAAAAAUCGAAGCGAAAUGCGAAUGCUAUUGUUGCUCAAGGAAAUAAAAAUUCGCCACCACGUGUAAAACAAAUUUUAUUAGUUGUUUUGAGUCGUUGUAAAUGCGCUGUGAAAAAUAAAAUAUUUCCGAAUU